CCAGCUGGCCUGGCACACCAGUGCCUGCACAAGUUCGGGUCUGUUGUUUCGCACGGUUUGUGUGCCUUUUUUUCCCUUUAUGCAAUCUCUUUCAGCUUUAGCAGCAGAAAUACAUCAGAUGGAAAAGAUAUGCCAGAGGGCAGCUUGGAAAAGAUGAAUGUCAUAUAUACAUAUAUAUGUAUGUGCGUGUGUUUAAAUUUCUGCAACUGAACUUUUGAAGAAAAUCUGACUGGAGGAAAUCUUAAAAGCCUUAAGUUACUUGAAACCUACACAUUUGCAACUCUUUGUCUCUGGAAUUGCAUUACGCUAAACUGGAAUCUCAGGCUGUAUAAAGAUUAUAUCAAGUUGAGCAAAAAGAUGACUUAACCAUUUCUUGAGCGCCUCUUAUGAAGUAGCUGUUUCUCCAAAGGAUAAGUGCACCCUCACUCUACAGACUCAGAAACAAAAAUGAACCUGAAUUUUUUUUUAAGUGUUACUUUUUCUUAGGCAACUGCCAUCAUCUUUUAUAGAGGAAUUUUUCACUAUGCAUUUGGUGGAUAUUUAUAAACACUGACCCCAUCCUCCUCCCUUUCAAUGAUCUAUCCCAGGUCAGUCUUAUCAAUAAAAAAAAAAAUUGAUUUAAAUUUUGUGCACUAGACAUAUUACUUUCUUAUGUCAAAAAAUAAAAUAUUUAAAAAGCAUGUAUGCAGCAGUGGAACAUGGGCCUGUUCUUUGCAGCGAUUCCAACAUCCUCUGCCUCUCCUGGAAAGGGAGAGUCCCCAAAAGUGAGAAGGAGAAACCGGUGUGCAGGAGGCGGUACUAUGAGGAAGGCUGGUUGGCAACAGGCAAUGGCAGAGGAGUUGUAGGCGUCACUUUUACUUCCAGCCAUUGCAGGAGGGACCGGAACACCCCUCAGAGAAUCAACUUCAAUUUGAGGGGCCACAACAGCGAGGUUGUGCUGGUGAGAUGGAACGAACCAUUCCAGAAAUUAGCAACCUGCGAUGCAGAUGGAGGAAUAUUUGUUUGGAUACAAUACGAAGGCAGAUGGUCUGUGGAGCUUGUGAAUGAUCGGGGGGCACAGGUAAGCGACUUUACAUGGAGCCAUGAUGGGACUCAAGCACUUAUCUCCUAUAGAGAUGGAUUUGUGCUGGUCGGUUCAGUCAGCGGACAAAGACACUGGUCUUCAGAAAUAAACUUGGAGAGUCAGAUCACCUGUGGCAUAUGGACUCCAGAUGACCAACAGGUACUCUUUGGCACUGCUGAUGGACAGGUUAUUGUCAUGGACUGCCAUGGCCGAAUGCUGGCCCACGUGCUCCUUCACGAGUCAGAUGGCAUCCUCAGCAUGUCCUGGAACUACCCCAGCUUCCUGGUGGAGGACAGCAGCGAGAGCGACACGGACUCCGACGACUAUUCCCCACCGCAAGAUGGGCCAGCUGCGUAUCCUGUCCCGGUGCAGAACACCAAGCCACUACUUACUGUCAGCUUCACAUCGGGAGACAUCAGUUUAAUGAACAAUUAUGACGACUUGUCUCCUACUAUCAUCCGCUCAGGGUUGAAAGAUGUGGUGGUACAGUGGUGUACACAAGGGGACCUACUUGCAGUAGCAGGCAUGGAGAAGCAAAGCCAGCUAGUUGACCUUGGCAAUGGUUCCCUGUUGAAAAGCGCACUUGUCAAGUUCUACAAUGUGCGCGGGGAACAUAUCUACACUCUGGAGACACCUGUGCAGCGUCCCAUCAUCUCGAUCUGUUGGGGUCACAGGGAUUCGCGCCUGCUGAUGGCUUCCGGACCUGCAUUAUACGUCGUCAGAGUCGAGCACAGGGUCUCCAGUCUGCAGCUGCUGUGCCAGCAGACCAUCGCUAGCUGUCUGCGGGAUGACAAGGAUAUCAGCAAACUGACCCUGCCCCCUCGGCUCUGCUCGUACCUCACCACUGCCUUUAUACCAACAAUCAAGCCUCCUAUCCCAGACCCAAACAAUAUGAGAGAUUUUGUCAGCUACCCAACAGCUGGUAAUGAACGGCUUCACUGCACGAUGAAGCGGACAGAAGAUGACCCAGAGGUCGGUGGUCCAUGUUAUACUCUGUACCUGGAGUACCUUGGGGGACUGGUGCCUAUCCUGAAAGGGCGUCGUAUCAGCAAGUUGCGGCCAGAGUUUGUCAUCAUGGAUCCUAAAACAGAUGGAAAAGCAGAUGAAAUCUAUGGAAACAGCUUGAUUUCCACUGUGAUUGACAGCUGCAACUGCUCGGACUCCAGCGACAUCGAACUGAGUGAUGACUGGGCAGCAAAGAAAUCUCCCAAAAUUAGUCGAGCUAGCAAAUCACCCAAACUCCCCAGAAUCAAUAUAGAAGCUCGCAAAUCUCCAAAGAUGUCACGAGCUGCGCAGGAGAUAUCAAGAUCACCAAGGUUACCAAUAAGGAAACCUUCUAUCGGUUCUCCAAGCCUAACCCGAAGAGAGUUUCCUUUAGAAGAUAUUACUCAGCACAACUACCUUGCUCAGGUCACAUCUAAUAUCUGGGGAACGAAAUUUAAAAUUGUGGGUUUGGCUGCUUUCCUACCAACUAACCUUGGUGCAGUAAUAAAUAAAACCAGUUUGCUGCACCUUCAGCCCAGACAGAUGACAAUAUAUCUCCCAGAAGUGCGGAAGAUUUCAAUGGACUACAUUAACCUGCCUGUCUUUAAUCCAAAUGUUUUCAGCGAAGACGAAGAUGAUUUACCAGGUACCGGCGCCCCCGGUGCCCCCGCCAGCAGCCCGCCGUGCACCGUCAACAUCCCCAUCGCCCCCAUCCACAGCUCGGCCCAGGCCAUGUCACCCACGCAGAGCAUUGGCCUGGUCCAGUCGCUGCUGGCCAAUCAGAACGUGCAGCUGGACGUGCUGGCCAAUCCACCGGCAGAAGCGGGGGCGGGGCACUACCAGACGCCUCUGGGGUAUGAGCGGAUAACGACCUUCGACAGCAGUGGGAACGUGGAGGAGGUGUGCCGGCCUCGCACCAGGAUGCUCUGUGCCCAGAGCACCUACACCCUUCCAGGGCCCGGCAGCUCUGCCACCUUGCGCAUCACUGCCGCUGAGAAGAAGAUGCAGCAACCCUGCACCAGUGCCACCCUGAACCGACUCACGGUCCCGCGUUACUCCAUCCCAACUGGGGACCCGCCGCCCUACCCCGACAUCGCCAGCCAGCUGUCCCAGGACAGAAGCAUCGCACAGAGGCUGGACAGCAGUAUCAUUCAUGCAACUCUGCGGAGGAACAGCAGAGAGGCAGCCCUGAAAAUGGCUCAGCUGGUGGACGGUCGGAGAGCCACCUUGCAACUUCCCCCGAAGGCCAAGAGCAGCGUUGUGACGGCGCAGUACCAGCAGAGAGUACCCACCGCCUUGUACACCUGCAGCCAAUGCAGCAGCGGUGGCAGCAACGUGAGCACUGGUGGUGUGGGCAACAUCACUAGUGCCAACGCUAGUAGCAGCACUUCCAGUAUUGGUGGCAUGAGACCUGAUCUGAGCACGGGGAGUGGCUCCCAGCACAGCUCUGUCAUUGCUCACUCUGUCAGUACUUCGCCUCUGGCCUCCCAGUCCUCCUACAGCUUGCUGAGCCCGCCUGACAAUUCCCGUGACCGAGCGGAUUAUAUCAACUCUGCCUUCACGGAGGAUGAGGCCCUUUCUCAGCACUGCCCAGUGGAGAAAUCAAUACGGCACGUACCCGUUUCCUUGACGGAGGCUGCCCUCGGUGUAAAACGGCCACCACCAUACCAGUGGGACCCUAUGGUGAAUGAAGAGAUAUGGGUUCCUCAGGAAAGGACAUCUCAGAGCUCAGUGCCCAACCCUCUAAAACCUACUCCUCUCAUCAUCGGUCAAGCUCAACAUCUGGAUAUGUCUCGAGUGCCGUUUGUUUCCCCCAAGUCUCCAACCAGUCCCACUGCCACUUUCCAGACGAGUUAUGGGGUUGGAGUACCUUACCCAGGAAGCUACAAUGCCCCUCCCCUUCAGGGAAUGCAGCCCCCCUGUUCCCCCAAAGAAGCUCUGGCCCCAACACAGUUUGCACAGCAGGAGCCCACAGUCGUGCUUCAGCCAGGUUAUCCAUCCAACCUCUCCUAUUGCCCUUUGCCACCCAUGUACCCGGGAAGUAGCGCCUGCUCUAGUUUACAGCUGCCACCAAUCGCCUUGCACCCAUGGAGCUCCUACAGCGCCUGCCCACCCGUACAGAACCCCCAGGGCACGUUGCCCCCCAAGCCGCUCCUCGUGGUGGAGAAGCCGGUGAUGUCUCCCCCGCCGGCAGAGCUGCAGGGCCACGUGGGCACAGAGGUAAUGGUGGAGACAGCAGACACCUUCCAGGAAGUGCUCUCCUUGACAGAAAGCCCCGUUCCUCAAAGGACAGACAAAUUUGGCAAGAAGAGCCGGAAGCGCCUGGACAGUCGAGCUGAGGAAGGAAAUGUGCAGGCUAUCACCGAGGGCAAGGUCAAAAAGGAGGCGAGGACGCUGACCGACUUCAAUUCGCUAAUAUCCAGCCCUCGGCUGGGGAGGGAGAAGAAGAAAGUCAAGAGCCAGAAAGACCAGCUGAAGUCCAAGAAGCUAAACAAGACAAACGAGUUUCAGGACAGUUCAGAGAGCGAGCCAGAGCUUUUUAUCAGUGGGGAUGAACUGAUGAACCAGAGCCAGGGCAGCAAAAAGGGUUGGAAAACCAAAAGGAGUUUGAGGACAGCCAGUGAGCUGGACGAAUUCAAGUGCCGGAAGGCCAGCGAGAAGGAGGAUGGGAGGCUGGGGAGCCAGGGCUUUGUGUAUGUGAUGGCCAACAAGCAGCCACUGUGGAACGAGGCGACGCAAGUCUACCAGCUGGACUUCGGAGGGCGGGUGACCCAGGAGUCGGCAAAAAACUUCCAGAUAGAGCUGGAAGGACGACAGGUGAUGCAGUUUGGAAGGAUUGAUGGCAAUGCUUACAUUUUGGACUUUCAGUAUCCAUUUUCUGCAGUGCAAGCCUUUGCUGUUGCUCUGGCUAAUGUGACUCAACGCCUCAAAUGAACAAGCAGAGACUGGAGAGCGGAAAAUGUUAAACUUCUCAUAAAGUCCAAACCGGAAAAUGUCAGGGCAGCCUGCUUUAGGUGUGCAGAGGCGCCUGGGAGCGAAGAAGGCAGUAAAACUGGAAAAGUCUCUUGGUGCCCACAGAGGGGCAUUAACUCUAAUCAGUCAUGGGGUGGAGGGUGGGGGGCUGUUUUCAGUUUUGUUUGUUUGUUCGUUUGUUUGUUUUCAGGUGUUUUUUUUCUUUUUAAGCAUUGUGCUGGGUCUCAGAAAGAGCGAAGGGUUGAGAGCCAUUUAGUGUUACGUGGAGAGUGUGGCUUUUGGCUUGUUGUGGUGGUUCUGCCGUGUUUGCUACAGUAGCUGAUGUAAGCUUAUAGGGGGAUUAAAAAAGACUGCUCUUUUUGAUAGACUGCCUUAUAUCAUGCUCUUCUUUUUAAAACAGGGAACAUAACUUUUUUUCUGGUCCAGUUUGUACUACUACUACUCCUCCUCUACUACUACUACUACAUCAGUGAUAGCAGCAAAAAAAGAAAAAAAAGAAGCUAUAACACUUGAAGACACGUGUUUCUUCUCUGAUCUCUGAUAAUAACUGAGCACCACAAGUUCCAAGGAGGCUUAUGUAGGUCAAUGUUUAAUUUAUAAAUAAUGAUGUAUUAUUCAGAAGAGAAACAAUUGUUAUCAAUGGGUGGUUUAAAAACCCACUGUAUCAAAGAAAUUGAUGUCUGCUUGUUUUGUGUGCUGUUAUUGGGGAUAAACAUCUUUCAGUAGGUGACAGAAGAUAGAGGAGGAAAUAACUACGAGCGUUGCUUCUUUUGUUAUUGGGGAUAAACAACUUUCAGUAAGUAACAGAAAAUAGGGGAGGAAAUAAUUAUGAGCGUUGCUUCUUUGCUCAUAUUGAUCAGCAGUAUUCUCCAAUUUGGCCUGUAGUUGAGAGAGGUACAGCGUGACCAGAUGUACCUCCAAGGCCACGCCUGUACAUGCUUCUCAUUUAAAUGUGUUUACACUUUAUAAACAAAGUCUUUCAAGCGAAUGAGAAGGCCCAGUGUAUUCAGUCUUCUUAGCAAUCAGUAUGAAUCAAGUCCUACAACAGUGUAUCAGUGCUUGAAUUAGGAAGGAGACAGAAGUAUAGCAAGUCAUUACAGGAAGCAAUUUCAUCAGGAAAGCAAUUUCAUUACAGGAAACAACAUCAUGGCUCGCUGGAGAACAAAUGAGUUGAAAGAGGAAGGAAAAACUGGACAGAAUCAUCCCUUUUAUCACCUUGCUACUUGAGUAGUCUUUGUGACUGUGGUUUGAGAAUAUAAUGCUCCAGCUAAGAGCGGGAAGCCAAAAGUUUACAUGGAGUGUUACAGAGGAAGGCUCAAUAACUGUAGCAUGACUCCCUGCAGUUCUUAUGGACUGAGCAUUUCAGAAGGGUUGCUUGCACAGAAGAGUUUCUGUGUUGUCCUUGUGUUGUGCACAUAUUUGUUUGCUUUCUCUCUUUCCUCCUUGCCUGCAUUUUGCUAUGGAAUAUGUUUUGAUAUGGAAGUAGUUUCCCCAGUAAUACACAAACCCCCAAACUAUUCAUGUAAUUAUUUGGACGUUAGAUUACAAAACGUAACUGCAGAUUUCCUUCAGAAAUUACUCUUUUGAAGUGAAAGGCAUGCUGAGAAAGAUAUGUUGGUUGAGGUGUUGAUGGCUGCUUUGUCUUUGUCUUUCUUCCACAGUUUAACUUCUUACUUGAAAAACUCGGUAUAACUUAAGAUGAAUAGGCGUGAUUUUCUCUCUUUGCUUUUCUUAAAUCCUAAUGGUAGGACAGAUGUGUGUUGCAUUUGAUUCUUUCUAGAGGAACGUAUCACAUAAGAGAAGACCCUGCUGUAGUAGAAGUUGCCAACAUAACUUCUGCUCUGCUGAGGCUUCUAGAGCUGUGCAGCACAGAGGGAGUAAUUCCAGUCAGAGAGGCGUUUCAGAGAGUUGCCAAGGGAGGUGACGAGACAGAUCAAUCACAGGUAAUGUCCCGCAGGGUAAGCCCAGGAAAAACCACCUGCAAAAUGGUUUUCUUGGAGAGAGGAAGCAGAGGUAGGAAGGAAGGAGAGGGGGAAGUAGAUGGUACCGUGCCUGUAUUAUCCCAAAGCUCAGCAGCUUCUGCUUGCGUCUGGGAGUGGUCAGGCACACAUUCCCCUUGGCAUCUGGCAGAUCAUUGUUUGGUUUAAUUAAUUUAAUUUUGUUGAAUUUCUAUCAGUUGUCUGGGUCCAUUUGUAUUCUUUCUCAGGUGCAUGAUUUAUUCAGCAGUUUGAGUGCCGUAUGUAUAAUGUGGAACAGAGGAACCGAAAUGGAUUUGGUUCUGGUCCCUUUAAAAUCAACGGAAGUGUUUCCCUUGGAUUUUUGUGGAGGAAGCACUGUUAAGCCCUUUGUCUAUAUUGAGUUACACGCUGUACGAACAGUAGGUUGAAUUCUCAGUCCGCUGAUUCCAAUACACAAGGAGGAAAGUUGGCGGAUGAGAGUCCUCACCUGCCCUAAGGUCUGUGCUAACCAGUCAUACCCUAAUUAGAAUAUAACAGGCACACACUGAACACUGUAAGAGAAGAAACAUACCAUGGCUUGCUGGCUUGCUUGCUGAGAGAAGGGCCACUCAGUCACAUGUUAGAAAUCUUCAGCUGGAAGGAACAUCACCUGUAGUUUUAAGCCAAAAUUCUUAUUACGUGGAAAAAACAUGAAUGUUUUUUCUGAACAAAAUCUAAUCUAAAUAGAAGGACUUCUGCGUGCAGUUUCUUUAACCUUCCAGGGAACAGUAUUCUGCUUCACUUGGUUCGUUGCCAAAUUUUUCCAAUUAUCAGCAGUUUUAUGCUAAUGGAGAACCAAGAAAUGAAACCCAAUACAACAAGUAGCAGAGUUAGUAAUUUGGUUUCAUUGGCCCAGGUCAUGAUUGCAUCCUUCGGAUGGCAUUUACAAAGAGCCUUGGCAUAGAAGAGAGCUGGUUUCUGCCCCAGCAAAGCAGAAGGAAUAAUUAUCAAAAAUUAGGAAAAUAAAUGCAAUUUCCAACAUCCUUCCCAUUUACUUGUCAGAAAAUGCUAUUGGAAUAAGAUAAUCUUUUAUCUUUUUGGAAAUAAUUUAAUGGAGUCCCUUUAAUUGAGGAUUUUCAUGGCGUAGAGAAUACCCAGUAUUAGAGAGAGAAAAUACUCUCAAAUAUAUAGAACUUUAAUGAAAGGAAUGGGAAUUAUGGAAAUGUCGUGAGUGUGCAACUGAAUCCUAAAUUACACAAAGAACAAGUGAAGGGGACAGUUGUUUUAUUUUUCAUUGAAGUACAAUAUAGGAAACAAAGUUUAAAAAGCCCCCCGCAAAAUAAUCACUUAAAUCCUGAAGGUCAUUAUUGCAUUCAGGCAAAAGAUAGAUGUUGCAUUUUCUAUUUUAUUAGUAAAACCCAGGUUUUCUGUCGAUAACUAAGUUCUUCUAGGAAGAAUGUAGCAAAGUGUUCAGAAAUAUCUAGUUCUUUUAUACAUACAGUAAUUUCCAGUAGUUAAGUAUGUUUUUUCCAAAGCUUUUUUUUAGUUGUGCAAUAAUUGUGACAUUCUAGGGGCUUUAUGGGUUUUUUUGUUGGUUUUUUUUGUUGGGUUUUUUGUUGUGGGGUUUUUUUAGGGAAUUUUGAGUGGUUUUUUAAAGCUAAUUUAAUGCAGAUUUUCUGUUAAUGUCCAAAAGACAAAUUAUUUAUCUUGCAUAAUGUAAUAAGUGAUUUAGGGAUUAUUUUAUUACUAUGUAUCAGUGAGUUAUACACACUUUGUUAUUUAUAUUUAAAGAGCAUCUUUGUAAGUAAUUGUUUGCUAGCAGUAUGUUUUGCUGCAGGAAGUUAAAAAUGCAUAUAGGAAGACCUGUUUUUUGCUGGAUAGUAUGCAAAAUUUCAUAAUGCAGGCAGACAAAAAUAUUUUUUGGUAGCUGAAUGCAGUGAGUUUGCUGUGGAGGACUGUGUAGACUACAAAGAGUGUAGAUGACUUCUUUGGGACCUGCAAAAAUCUGUCCUCCGCUGUUUUCCUCCUUUGUUUCUAACUAUAUAUUUCAGUUGGGAGUGGUUUUAAAAAUACAAGGCUUGAUUUACUUUCCCUCUUCUUAGUACAGUGAUUUUUCUUGAGAUAUAAAAUAAGGUGGCUUAAGUGAUAAAAAAGUGUAUAAUAAUAUAGGCUCAGUUUGUAAGAAGUUCAUUGCAUAGUAUAGUAGGGUUUGGCAAUGGCGUAAUUCAGUGCUAUGCAGAGAUACAAGCAAACUAGCUUGGAAUAAGCUAGCUGAGGCACAAGAAAUAGUGUAGCAGUAAAUGCAUUUUCCUCUGCUCAGACUAAUAACGCUCCUUCUUCAGCUGGGCUCAGCUGAUUCCAACACAGCCAUAGUGCUUCUGAUACCUGAGCUAGCACUGCACAGAGCUGAUGGAGCUGAGCCCUGAUGCUGCCUGCAGCAGCUUUGCCUCUUCAAGAUGCUCCAUCGGAGACCUGGUGGAGCAGGCGUUCCUCCACUUGUCCUUCUAGGUCUGCCCCAAGAGCAGCAUGUGGCUGCCGUGGGGUUUGGACUGCAGUGGCUUUGGGCAGAGAAAGCCCCGAUGCCAGCCUGUGGCCAUGGUGGCCGUUUGAAGUCAGAAUCUGCUCCACUGGAGUUGAAAAGGGAUGCAAUAGAGAACCUGAUUCUUUUGAAAAAAUAUGGCUGAUAUCCUCAAAAUAUAGCUCCUAACAGAGUCUAAAAAGCGAUACUUAAGAGUCUGGUAUGAAGUGCAGCAUGCAUGGAGUGGCAAAUUUUAGCUUGAAGCAGCAAGAAUAUCAUGUUUCUGCAACACCCUAAGAAACUAUGAGAAGGAGAGGGGUGAAAGAGAAAAAAAGGAAUUACCACGUUAAUAAUUUCGCACUCAGUUCCAGAGGUAGCAGUAACAUGUGCCAUGGGCUGCCUGAAUAUUGGUUGUAUGACAGUAAAUCUGUACACAGGUUCAUCUCAGUUACAUAAUCUUUCUGUGAUGCAACCACAAGUAAAACAGUUCCACAUUUCUCUGUCCAGUUUUGUUCCAUUGUUUUUAUGAAGAUGCAUGAAGGUGUACAGGUGUUAGACAAAGAUAUCUGACUUUGCUGAAGCCUUGAGCCUAGACUUUGCGUAGGUCCAGGCUUUCC